CAGGUCCGGUUGUUAUGGUGAAGCAUUCCCCCUGAGGGCUGCCUGGAGCAGGAGCAGGGGACCGCAGCUGAUUCAGUUUCACAACCUCAGAACUGCACAGGAGCUCCCGGUGACAGUCAGCUCAACAGUUGCAGACAGAAACAAUGUCAUUGAGCAGCACGUCACUGAAGCCAUCACACCUAACUUCUGCCAAAAAGUGUAUCAACAAUAAAAAGUUGACUUUGAAGUAGUCUCCACUCACCAUCAAGAAGAUAUUUGAAUGCUGUGACUCAACAUUACCUGAAGUAAACUUUGUGUGAAUCCUACCAUGCCCCUUAUUAUUGUUGUUGCUUAAACUCCCAAGUUCUUCCUACCUUGUGGAUUUAUCGCUUUCUGCAACCAUAUUUUCAACAUGGAUUGUCAUGAACUCACUGCUGUUUUGGAACCAAGUAUUGGACGCAAAGGCCACCGCUAUGAAGUAGAAGCUAGAAUGGAGCAUCUAACCUGGGGAGUAGUUUGACUCUGCCUUUUUGAGCACCACCUUUUCCCUUUCUGUCUCUCUUAGCCCCUGUGGAUUAUUGGCCAAGUUACCCACAGUCGACAUGGAUGGGAGGACUGACAAUUGGCUACAAACCCUAGCUUGGAUGGAUUUGGUUACGUUUUGGACACCUUUCUCUUGCCUUUUUUCUUCGGCAAGAUAAAAAGUUGUGCUCUAAAAGAUGAGAAAGAGAAAUUGCAACAAUUUUAUGUGUUGCUUACUCACCUGAUGAUACAAAAUAAGUUGUUCUGAUUCAUCAUUCACCAGACCCUAGCUACUUGCUUGAUGUUUUUGUUUUUUUGAAAGGAUAUUUUCGCAGCAUUUUUUUUUUUUGGUGCUACCCCCAGGCCUGUUUGGCCUUGACAGGAGGGCCUCUUCAAGGGGCGCGUAGGAGGCAUAUGAGAAAUGUUGGAAGCCUGAAACUUUGAUUUAAUAUCCUUGUGGAUUAAGAUAAACAAACAGGCACUGAGAAGCGAAGACACAGUGAUAGUUCGUGUUGUUGUGUUGGCAUGGCAGCAGAUCACGGCGAGCUGCUGGCUGAGAUGGCCACAGUCGGGCGUCUGAGUGCCACUGAACGCCUGAAGCACGCCCAGAAGCGUCGCGCUCAGCAGCUGAAGGCUUGGAUGCAGAUGGAGAAGGAUACAGCACGAGGGUCGAGGGCCAAAGCGGAUAAGAAGAAGGCACGCACCACCAAAGUGACAUUCCCCAAUGCCAUCACCCUGCUGGAUGCAGCUGCCCGCAAUGAUCUGAACGAGGUGAGGGAACUGCUUAACACUGGCAUCAGCCCAGAUCUGGUCAACGAGGAUGGACUGACUGCCCUACAUCAGUGCUGCAUUGAUGACUUUGUGGAGAUAGUGCAAUGCCUGCUGGACGCUGGCGCCUCUGUGAAUGCCUGUGAUAGUGAGUUAUGGACACCGCUGCACGCUGCUGCCACCUGUGGACACACCGGUCUGGUGCAGCUCCUGAUUCAGGCUGGGGCUGACCUACUGGCUGUCAAUGCGGAUGGCAACAUGCCCUAUGACCUCUGUGAGGAUGAGGCCACCCUCGAGCUGCUGGAGAUGGUUAUGGCUGAACAGGGGAUAACUCAGGACCGUAUAGAUGAAUGCCGAGGGGCUAAAGAGAGAGCCAUGCUAGCUGACAUUCAGGCUCUGGUUCAGAGCAAAGCAGACUUAAACACUCAGGACGAUAAUGGAGCAACACUGCUCCAUAUAGCAUCUGCUAAUGGCUACAUAUCAGUGGCGGAGCUGUUGCUAGAGAACAGGGCUCAGGUGGAAUUGAAGGACUCUGAUGGCUGGACACCGCUACAUGCUGCCUCCUGCUGGGGACAAAUUCAAAUGGUGGAACUUCUGGUAGCCCAUGGAGCCAGUCUGAGCACCAAGUCUGUCCUGGAGGAGACACCUCUGGAUGUGUGUAUGGAUGAGGAGGUAAGAGCCAAACUAAUGGACCUAAAGCAUAAACACGACGCCAUCAUGAAGAGCCAGGACCGGCAGAAGGGCACACUGCAAAGACGAGCCUCUAGCACUGGCAGCAGAGGUAAGGUGGUGCGUCGUGUCAGCGUGAACGAGCGUUCCAGUCUGUACCGACGAGAGCACCACAAAGAGGCCAUGGUGUGGCAGGAGCGAGGACGACAGCCCGAUCCACAAGACGACGAUGAGGACAGACAAACAGACAAUGAGCUACACCAGCAUGCCACCAUGGUGAGUGAGCUCAGUCCCGAGGACAUUUUUAAGGAAAUGUUUGUCAUUAUUAGUGAUUUUGUCGCAUUUUUUUCAAAGAGUUUACAAGUUCUGUUGAAUGAUGUUGUGUUUCAGGCUGCUGGUGGUACAGCAACAUCACGUUUAGGAGAACUAGAGGCCGCAGACAGGAAAAUAGUAUCCAGCCUAGGUAAUGGAGGGACAUCUGUAUCCCUGGCUGCCUCUGUGCCUGGAGAGCUGCGGAGUGGUGGAGGUCUCAUGGAGCGCAGCGCCUCCUACCAGCUCUGCCCUGCACCUGGAGCUGAGUUAGGGUCUCGGUCUACAGAGGGCGAGGGGGCCGACAGUAUGACACGAGAGAAAUCGCACCACACGCUGGCUGACCUGAAACGCCAGCGGGCAGCUGCCAAGCUCAAUAAAUACCCUGCACCUCCACCACCUCUGCCCCCUCCCUCAGAGGAGGAGCCUCCAGUUGCAGUAGUUGAGAUUACAACUACUCAGGCCCAGCCAGAGCUCCAAAUGACGCCCAGUACAGAGCAGGUAGCCUCCCCAAGCCAGGUGUAUUUCACCCCAGCCAGCGGAGAUCCUCCACUGCUGAAACUCCGAGCGCCUGAGGAGGAGCAGUCUACCAACAAGGAGCCCUGCUGUGGACUCAUGUAGACACAUACAGCCUGACACACUCAGACAUGCACAUGAACAUACUGCCUACAGAGUAGAGGAGCGAGGCAUGUAACACUCCAAAGUGGCAAAAACAUUUCAAAACACACGUUUGAAAUGAAUCAUUGAAGACUGUAAGCUAAGGCCACAUGCCAAUGAGGAUUUGAUCUACACUGCAUUUCACAUAACUAAAGUGCAAUCUAUGUGCUUAUUCUCUCUUUGCUUGGCUUUUUUAAUGAAUAUUAUACACUUUAUACUUUAUACUAAAGGUCCCUGAUGCUCCCGCUUAAUAAGAGGCUGCAUGAUCAGAUGAAUUUAUGUGGGACUACAGGUGUCCAUCUAGUGACUGGGAGGAGAACUACAAGUUUCAGUGUUGCAAUCACAAGCAAAGAUCUGCUUUGCUCAGCCUUUAUGGUUUUGCUUUACUCAUCGCUUGCUUGACUACUCAAGUAGAUUCAUUGAAAAGCCUUAGAAUCACGUGAAAGUUGAAUUAUCCACAUAAAUCUAAAUGAAAUUGAAUUGAUUUAUUUAAAAUGAAGAAUGAGUGAAUGAGGUUAAAGUUCUGUUUUCUUUACUGAGUGACUGCUAUGAAGGGUACGUUAUUCUGUGUAUUUGCAUACAUUUACAUUAUAAGCAAGAGGUUUUUUGUGGUUGGGAGAUUACUUGGUUAUGAUGGUUACAGUAUACCAUAUAACUAUUCUGAAUUUACAUUUAUACAAGGACUUUUUUCUUGCUUGAUUUUUUUUUCUUGGACUGAAAAUGUACUGAAUAGUUUCUUUUGUUACUUUUCCAGUGCACAAAAAAGCCUAAAUUUCAAUAUGUGUAAUUGUGCAAUUUGUAAAUUAAAUAUUCUCUCUCUAUUUCUAUUUUUCUA